CAGAAACCCUAAAAUCUCCAUCAAUAACGUCGGAGGAUUAAAAAAACUCUUUACGCAGAUUCUCUUACAGCCUAUUCGGCGAUGAAGACAGAGGAAGUGAACCGGUGCCAGAUUCAGAACUGGUACCCGAAAUUCAAAUCCCUAACCAUCAAAACCAAACUCCACAAGCUUCCAGAGUCUUUCAUCAACUACCUCCUCGACGACUCUGUUCCUUUCCUCCUCCCUUCCUCCGUAACCAACGAGAACGCAAUGCCCAACAGAGUCCACAACCCCGAAGAAGAACAAGACGACUUCCAAGUGUCCGAAUCCGACAACGAAACAGAACCUCCACCGUCGUUCCCAGAGCUAGAACUCAAGAUUAAAGAAUCAAUCGAAGCCCUAGGCGGUUCGGUUUUCCCGAAACUGAACUGGAGCGCACCAAAGGACGCAGCUUGGAUAAGCCCACAACAGAAUCUCAGCUGUUCUUGUCUCAGCGACAUCGCUCUCUUGUUCCGUUCUUCAGAUUCGUUGCUUCAUGACCUCUGCAAGGCGUAUGAUUCUUGUAGCGAUAAAUCCUCGUCGAGGCCAGAGAGUUUCUUCCUUGCUUUGAGGAAAUGGUAUCCUUCUUUGAAUCCCGAGAUGGAGUUUCGUUGCUUUGUUAAGUCGAAUGAGCUUGUCGGGAUUUGUCAGCGUGAAGUGACGACGUUUUACCCUGUGCUUGUUAAUGAGAAGGAGUUGAUUGAAGAGUUGAUUGAUGAGUUUUUUGAGGAUAAUGUUAGGAUGGUGUUUGAAUUGGAGGAUUAUGUGUUUGAUGUUUAUGUGACGAAGGAGAGGAGGGUUAAGGUUGUGGAUUUUAAUACUUGGUGUGGGUCGACUUUGCCGUUGAUGUAUAGUUGGGAGGAGCUUGAGAGUAGGGUUGGUGGUGAGUUGGAGUUGAGGAUUGUUGAGAGCCGUCUCGGUGUGAUGCCUGGUUUGAAGACGGCGGUUCCUUAUGAUUAUAUUGAUAUGAGUUCUGGUAGUGGGUGGGAUCAGGUUCGUAAGAAAGCUGAAGAGGAGUUUGAGAAUGAGGAUCAGAGAUCCGAUGAAGUUUGUUGAGUGUUGGAACUUUGAUGUGUUUGUGCCUUUUUGUUACUGUUUUGUCUUUUGUUGUGCAAAGAUAAUUAUGCUGAGAAUUGUUCUGCUUGGUUUCUCAUUUGUUGCGGCAACUCGCAAACUUGAUUAGAUGUUUGGCAUUAGUUGUUUCGUUUGCGGUAGACUGGUAUGAUUCGGUGCGGUUUAUGACUUUACAGAAAUAAACCAAACAGUAAAAAUAAAAUCAGUUUAAG